AUGGCACAACUAGAAGUAAGAUUUCCAAAUCUAAAAUCAUUAUAUGGAAUCAGAAACUUCAACGGAGAAACAGCAGAAUACAUUCAAUGGAGAAAUGAAUUAGAAAUAAAAUUUACUGAAAUGGGCAUGGAUAAUACACUAACCAUAUUUGGAAGAUUUAGUGAAAACCCAGACUUAGGAUAUACCAUGCAACAACCUGAUUAUGAUUCAGGAGCAGACUUGCCAAAAGCAUAUUGGAACAUGGAAUUCUUUAAAAGAAUAAAAUCAGUAAUAUAUACAAAAUUACAUGAAGCAGCUAGAAGACUAUUAACAACAAACCCAAAUGUGAAUUCUUACUUUAGAGUAAUAGCAAACCAAAAUGAAUUAAAUAAUCUAAAAGAUUCAACCAAUUACCCAAUAACAGCAGGAGUAAACUAUGCUGUUGAUAACUGGCAUGAUACAGGAAAUGUAGGCAGAAGCCAAUAUACAUACCAAACACCUCAAAUAUCAUUAAGAGAAUUAUUAGAUAAUGCAUAUCUAACAGAUGAAAUCCAACUAGGAAGACAAAAAGAUUUCCAAAAUCUCAUAUACAAACCAGAUUAUGGAACUGAAAAUGAUGUAGAUAACUUCAGAAAUAGAUAUGAAAAAACAAUGGCAUUAUCAAACUUCGCAUAUGCAGGAUGGAACCAAGGAGAAUAUGCAAGACUAUUAGAUAUGGUACCAAUUACCUACAACUACCAAAUAAUGGCAAAGAGACCAUUAAACAAACAAGCAUUUUUUGAAGAAGUGAAUACUAUAUUUCAUGCAAAAAGGAAUGAAAUGAUUUCAAAAGGAGAAAUCAAGACAGGAUCAAAAAUCAAGAUCCAUUACUUUAAUGAAAGAAAACCAAUAGACAAAUCUAAAGCUAGAUGCUUUAAAUGUCAACAAUACGGACAUUUUGCAAGAGAUUGUACUAAUGAAAGAAAAGAAUCCUUUAACAAAAUUGAUUUCAGAAGAAUGACAAAAAACUUCCCUAAACAAUUCAAACAACCAUGUCAAUACUGCAAAAAGUUUCCACCAAGACAUGAAAGAACAUGUUCAAGAAACAAUAGAAAAUAUUAUAAUGGAUCAAGAA